AUGACUCCUACCCCCUUGAUCGAUCAAAUACGUGCUCUACGUGAAUUAAAAAUGGUUCAAUCGAUUCGAAAAAAAUUUAAAAAAUUUAAACUGAUACAACGUGAAACCGAUAAAAGUGGUGUAUUACAUAUUGGUUCUGCCGCUGAUUAUGAACGAAAAGCACUUGAAUAUCGACGAACAACGGGUGCUUAUGAACUAUUAACGUCGAAUCCAUUCAAUGAUAUCAUCUGUACUGUAACACGUUUAUUGAAUCGAUUAUAA